UUUUGUUUAGCCUUGUCCCCGUGUUCUUGUCUUUGGUUUUCAGCUCCUUUGUACAAACAAUUGAGUGAGACUAAACUGACAAUAAUGCAGAGACAACUCCUGAAAGACAAAUAUCCACUAAUUCCCGCCAUAAAACCAUCCAAAGGAAAGCAUAACACUGCUCUGAUGAAUCCUCCUCACACCAAUAUCAAAGACUUCGUGUCAGAUGAUAUUAAUAAUUUUAAUUUGGAACUAUUGCCCUAUAUUGAAAAGAAAAAUACCCCUAAGCGAAAAAUAAACACUGUUUAUGAUGGGGAGCAAAAAGAAAACUUUGAAAUGGUGAAGAAAAAGAGGCAUAGUGACACUAAGGAGGUACUUUCUCCAAACCUAAAGAAUCUUCAGCAAGAUGAUGUUAUAUCAAGAUCAAAGAAGCGAAUGAAAGAGAACGAGGUGUUGGUAGCAACAGCAAGAGAACCACCAAGACUAACAUAUAUCGCACCAAUGCCUGUCAUAGGCUUUAACCAAUUUGGAUAGCUACAAUGGAGACUACAAGAAGACAAGAACGGAUGAGCGCAUCUACAUGUGUAGUGCUUCAUUAUUAUAUGGGCCUGUAAGUGAAAAGACAGAAUGAACCAACAAUGGUUGAACUGAAGAACAAGAAGAUGAGAAAACACCAGAGAAAGUUCACUUAUAGGCCUAUGCAGGUUUAAAAUAGCUUAACUUUAAAACAGCUUUCUUAGUUAAACACAGCUUAAUAAUUAAAAGCAGCUUCGCUUAGCUAAAAACAUCUUAAUGAAUAAAAACAGCUUCUUAGUUUAAAAACAUCUUCUUAAUCCCAUUUCAUACUUCCUGCGAAUGUGAAUUUGAUACAAAUUUUGACGACACCAAUUCGCAAAAAAUUCGCAACGAAUAAUUUCGAACUGUGUUCAACUCCUGCGAAACAGUCGCUGCGAGGGCAGCCACGACACAAAUUCGAAACGAAUAAUUUUGAACUGUGUUCAACUCCUGUGAAACAUUCGCUGCGAUGGCAGCCAGGUGGCGUCAAAAUUUGCUUCGAAUUCACAUUUGCAGGCUUUACUUAGAAAGAAAUGUAUUUAAAUUACAGGUAAACAAUGCAACUGGCUACUUCAGAAUUUGGGGGCAAAAAUUGAAAAGCACAUGCCCAUUUACAAUCUGAAAAAGCAUAACUGUUGCAUCUUAUAAUAGAACAUGCAUUAAGAACUUGCAUGCAUUAAGAACUUGCCAAAAGGUUGUGGUUAAUUUAUUACUUAUCUGAAGCGGUGAUUUGUAUUUGGGGUUUUGGGUUCCAUGUAAUUAGUAGAAAAACAUAAAAAUACAAAAUCACACCCCUUUAAAGGCACUGGACACCUUUGGUAACAGUCCAAGAGGUCAGUAUAUCUCUUGGUGUAUCCCAACAUGCAUCAAAUAAGUAACCUGUGAAAAGUUGGACUGAAUUGGUCAUCGAAGUUGCAA